CUUCCUCCAACUCGCCCUUUACUUGGGGACCGGGCCGGGCUGAGGGCGAGCAGCCCGGCCGCCCGGGGCUCAGGGCUAGGGGCCAGACAUGGGCUUCUUCCCACGCUGCGCGCUGCGGAGCCUCCUGGCCCGCGGCUGCGUCCAGGGCAGUAGCCCCACACCGGGUACGAGGCCGCUACUCCGGUCCCUGCCCCACGGAGGAGUGCCUAGUUCCAUUCCGCACCGCUACAGCUCUGGAGGACUUAUUAGAACCCAGGAACGGACACUGAUUGCAGUAAAGCCAGAUGGUGUUCAGCGGAGGCUGGUUGGAGAUGUCAUCAGACGCUUUGAGAGACGAGGGUUCAAACUGGUGGGCAUGAAACUCCUACAGGCUCCAGAGAAAGUUCUUGCUGAGCAUUACCAUGAUCUAAAGAAGAAGCCCUUCUAUCCAAACUUGAUCAAUUAUAUGAGCUCUGGUCCCGUGGUCGCUAUGGUCUGGGAAGGCUACAAUGUGGUUCGUACUUCUAGGGCCAUGGUAGGAGACACUGACUCAGCAGAAGCUGCCCCUGGAACAAUCCGGGGAGAUUUCAGCGUUCACAUCAGCAGGAAUGUUGUCCAUGCCAGCGAUUCAGUGGAAGUGGCCCAGAGAGAGAUCAGCCUGUGGUUUCAUAGCAGUGAGCUGGUGGAAUGGAACUGCUGUAGUCACAGCAACCUGUACCAUGUGUGAGGGAGGGUCUCAGCCCACCUCCCACACACACUGGCUACAAUCCAGGAGCAACUACCUCUGCCAAUGAGAAUGCUAUAUUCCUUCCUGUUGAAGCUACCCGCCAUUCCCCUAUGCUAACCUCCCUCUCCCCCCCACCCCAGAGACCUCUCUGAUACCAUUUAUGUGCCUUUUCAUUCUGUGCCCCAAACCUCAAAGGAUUGAGUCUUAUCCUUCCCAAGACCACAGUGCCAGUCAACCUUGGGGGUAAUUGCUUGUAGCCAGAGAUAAUGAUGACUAUUAAAGGAGACACAUUAAAAUUCAGUCUUGUUUCUAUAAA